UGCAUGUAUGUCUGUGUGUCCCGUGCCUGAUAAUGUCAGAUCCCCUGGAAAUGGAGUUACAGACAAUGUGAACUGCCAUGUGUGGGGACUAGGAAUGGAUUCUGAGCCCUCUUCAAGAGCAGUACUGUGCUCUUUAACUGCUAAGCUGUUGCCCCAGCCCCUCGUGAUCUUUGUUUUAGGAAAUACUAUGGCAGAUAUUUCUCAAAGCUCCUUCCUAAAGUUUGUAUAUUUUUGAGAUCUUCUGUAGUAUAUAGGAGAUUUAUUUUAGUUUUUGAGGCAAUGUCUACCUGGGUUGUAGACCAUAGUAACCUCUUGCUUCCACCUCCCAAUUGCUGGGAUUACAGACUUGCAUGACUAUGACCCACACAAGACAGUCAUUUUGAUCGGUAUUAUAAACCACAGAGUAUUGGAACUAAACAAAACUUGAGAAAUAAUCUAACGCAGUUUUUAUGCUUUCAUCCAUCAUGUGAAAGGGAAAAGGAAGGUUCAGAGUGACUGAUCUGACUGCAUGAUGUUUAGCAGACCCCAGAUCACAACACUGUUCCUAUGCCUACUUCCAUCCCGUUCCUCAGUCCUGUCACCUUUCCACCAUUCUUUAGCUGCUUGCACUGACUGUGACAUUUUAGAGUCUUUACUGUUUUUAUAUUUAUUUCAUUUUCUUUCCUGGGGGACUAUGAGAUGGCAUGCUAGCCUCAAAUGCCUGUGUAGCUGAGAAUGACCUGAUCCUCUGCCUCCAUCUUCCAAGUGCUGAGAUUACAAGAGUGUACUGCACACUCAGCCUGAGCCUUUAUGGCACUAAAUUGAGUGAACAUCAGAACAUUUCAAAGGAAGUUGAAUAUAUCUACAAGGCAGCUGCUUCAGCAGGCAUCAUUGGCUGGGCAUAUGGAGGAAUACCUGCUUUUAUUCAUGCUAAAAACCGCUAUAUUGAGCAGAGUCAAGGGGCAAUCUAUCAUAACCGCUUCGAUGCUGUGCAAAGUGCACACCGAGCUGGCACGAGGGGCUUCAUUCGGUAUGGCUGGCGUUGGAGUUGGAGAACUGCAGUUUUUGUGACCAUAUUCAACACAGUGAACACUGGACUAACUGUGUAUCAAAAUAAAAAUGCCUUAAGCCAUUUUGUCAUUGCUGGAGCUGUCACAGGAGGUCUUUUCAGAGUAAACUUAGGUAUUCGAGGCCUGGUGGCUGGUGGUAUAAUUGGAGCCUUGUUGGGCACGCCUGUGGGAACCCUGAUGAUGGCACUGCAGAAGUACUGUGAUGAGACAGUUCAGGAGAGAAGACAGAAGGACCAGAAGGCACUCCGUGAGCAGAAGCUGGAAGAGUGGAGACGAAAACUGAAACUCACUGAGCUCCUCCCUGAGGAAAUUGAAAGUGGCUUGGAGAAGAUUCAGCCUGAGGAAAAUGCUCAGAGAAUCCAGGAGCUGCUAAACCUCCCUAGGAACCCUUCAUCACCAGAUAAAGCAAACAGAGACUGAGGACGAGGCUCUGUGUGUGUAGGAAGGCCAGUGCCGGUCUACUCCUUGUCAACCUGACAAAGCCGAGUGCUGGCCUCUUACCUUUUCUCUCUUCACAUCAAGAAUCGGGCAAUCAGAGCUGGGUGCCACACACUGUAAUCCCAACUGCUUGGGAGGCCGAGAAAAGAUGGUAUGAGACUGUUUCAAAAAUACACACCCACAAAAAACAACAGAACCAAAACAGCCCAAAGAAUUGGGUAACAUUUUCCUAUCUAUACUGAUCAUUGAUCCAUCUGAAUACUUAUAUUUCUCCAUCUUGCUAGAUUUUAUAUAAGUAAAAUACUUCUCAAAAGAGUAAAGUUGGGUUGUCUGGAUUGCCUAUUCAGUCCCCCGUCUUUUAAGAAUAUUCUCUAGGAGUAACUGAAAAGAGAAGGGACUUUGUCAAGGAAAUGGCCUGUGAAAUCGUCCUCCUUUGAACCCUUCAAAUAGUGUGGGCCUCAAUGCAUUUAGUUUGUUUUAAUAAGAAUAAAAGAUGGUUCCCA